AUGGUUUCGAGCGUCGCCGCGUCCGAUGACUCGCCUCACCUCAAUGGCGACGAACGCGGCGAGAAGCGCAAAGCCGACGGCGACGCGACAAGCGACAAGCAGACUCAUACUCGAUCCAAAAGGAACCGAUACAUCUCAAUCGCCUGCAAUGAAUGUAAGAGGCGGAAAAUCAAGUGCAACGGUCAGACACCCUGCCAGCGAUGCGGCAACCUCUCUCUCGACUGCGUGUACGCACCAAAUUGCUGCACGAAUUCCUUGAAGGACUCCGCCGAGUUCAAACAGAUGCGCGACCACAUCACAGCGCUGCAAGAUCAAGUCAACGAUCUCUACGCAAGCCUGAACGAACUCCGCAGCCGGUCUGAUAUCAGUUACUCCGGGCCCAUUGACCCUCAAUUCACCCAGGAUGCCUCGAAUCGCUCGCUUUCCAUUCCUAUGUCGCGCACCCUUCCUCCACUCAUCUCGCCGAAGCGCCAGUCCUCGAAGCCGCUGCCUCAGUUUCACGGACCGACGAGCACGUUGUAUGGUCUUGACGUGGCGCGAACGUCGCUGCAGACGAUGGGAAUAACGCAGACCCCGAACGAUGACGGACUGUUCUCACGCGAUCGUAGCAGAGCGGCUUCCCCUGUGCCCAUCCCCACCACACCUCAUCCGAGUAAGGAUCCUUUAUGGUUGAUUGACCAUUCCGAGGUCGUCCGCCUAUUGCGCGUAUACGAGGAAGAGAUUGGCAUCCAGUAUCCUGUGGUGAGCAUCGACAAGGUCCUGAACCACGCCAAUUCGCUGUUCAAGUUCAUUCAAGCUUCGCUGAGGGCUGGAUUUGGACAGCCGAAUUUACCGGGUGCAGAUGCUAUUGAUGACGACGAGACCAUUGUGCUGAAGAUGAUACUUGCCAUCACUCUCACCGUCGAAGGUCAUGGGCGAAGUGACUUUGGGCAGCGCUUUUUCGACUCCGCGAAACCCGCGGUUGACAUGCAGCUGGUGACCGCCGUCGACACAAAGUCUGUCAUCUUGGUUGUUUUGACGGCUACAUAUUAUUUCCAAAGGGAUGAAGAAGCACAGGCGUGGCGUUUCAUCGGCAUCGCUGCGCGUAUGUGUGUCGAGAUGGGGCUUCACAGGAAAGAAUCCCUCCUCAAAUCCUUCACAGACGAAGCCGAUUAUCAGCAGACUGUUCGACUAUUCUGGAGUGUAUAUGCUCUCGAUCGACGGUUCAGCUUUGGAACUGGCAUGCCUUUCGCUCUGCAAGAUACCGACAUAGAUCCGGACUUGCCUGAGCCUGACGAAGGCCAUAUCUAUCUCAGGCACAUCACCAAAUACAACCAGAUUGCCACCAAACUGUGGUACCACAAUUUGGCGUACGAGGCAGGCCAGAACACCAAAAAGGAUGAGAUCGGCUUUCUGGACUAUCAAAUUCUGCAAUGGUAUCAACAGCUACCUGAAUCGCUGCAGUUCAACAGCCGAGAUCUUGUAGCGGAGAAUGGGAUCCCUGGACGUGGUAGACGACGACUCCGAUUGUUGAUGUACUUGCGUAAGAAUCAGGCACGGAUAUCCAUCUACCGACCCAUACUACAUUCGGCAACCAGCAUUAUGGAGAACCGACAUUAUGCUCAAAACGUGGUCGACGUCGCAAAGGACACGAUUAAUACGUUGAAUGGAGUCAACCAGAUCUCCGACAUCUACACGACACAGCAGGUCAUGUACAAUUAUUUCCUGGUUCAGGCCCUGGCGGUUCUGUUCCUGUCUGUUGCACAUGCUCCGGCAGUCUUCUGCCCUCAGACUCGGAACGAGUUCUACACAGCGAUCGAGCUGGUCAAGGGGUUUAGCACCAAGUCUCAUGUCGCUAAACGUCUGUGGAGAACUGUCCGUGGCUUGAAAGAGAUGGGCGAUAAGAUUGGUCUAUUGGCACGGAGUAACCAACCGAUCAGCGAGACGGAACAAGACGCACAUUCAGAUGCCGCUGUCGCCAUGGCUGGGCUGGCUGGGCACAAGGUUGAUUACCCGGCAUUUGGAAACCACAAUCCGGGCCAAAAUGGCAACGAACUCGGAGUUAGUCCUGAUGAUGCCUUGCAAAUCACGAAUGAGCUUUCGAAUCUGUUUGAGCUUGCAGGUGGGUAUGGUGCGACAACGCCCGGACCAGAUUCCUUCAAUUUUGUGAGCGGCAAUGGCGAUAUGAAUAUUGGGGAAGGGUUCAAUGCCUUUGGAAACGAGCCCGAGUUGACGAGAAUUAUGAAUGAGUUAUUCUAG